AAUGAUUGCACCACCGUCGUCGCCACCACCAACAGCAGCACCACCAACACAAUUCUCGUCAUAUAAUCAGACGGCGUUAAUUUCCAAUGAUAAUGUGCAGACAAUGUUGCUUUAUACACGAUUUCUAACUGCAUCCAUGAGCCCGGAGGAUAGCAAUUUGGAUAAUGCCAUGCUUCUAAUACACUCCAGUACCAUUAGCAACAACAUCACAAUGACAACAACAACAACAACAACAACAACUGCCACAAUACUAAGAACAACUGCAGCCGCUGUCAUUGGUGUCCCAUCGGUCAAUUCAUAUAUACGGAAUAUGUCGUGGCCCAAAUCGAUUGCUGUUGCCGUUUUUCUCAUCCUCAUACUGAUCACGGUUAUUGGCAACACUCUGGUCAUAUUGGCCGUAUUGACAACACGACGUUUGCGUACCGUUACCAAUUGUUUUGUCAUGAAUUUGGCCAUAACCGAUUGGCUAGUGGGUACCUGUGUGAUGCCACCAUCGGUGAUACUUUACAUAACAGGUGUUUGGCGUUUUGGUUGGAUACUGUGUGACAUUUGGAUAUCUUUGGACAUACUACUUUCAACUGGAUCCAUUUUGAGUUUAUGUGCCAUUAGCUUGGACAGGUAUCUCGCAGUCACACAACCCUUGACAUAUUCAAAAAAGAGGCGCUCGAAACGCUUGGCUCUCCUCAUGAUACUUGUGGUAUGGAUAACGGCGCUGUCAAUCACAUGUCCGCCAUAUUUGGGCUGGUAUGAACCGGGACGCCAUCAACAGGACUAUGUGGAUUGCCGCUACAAUCAGAACAAAGGAUAUGUUGUAUUCUCGGCAAUGGGCUCAUUUUUCAUACCCCUCACCGUCAUGUUGUAUGUUUAUGUCAAAAUUGGUUAUGUUCUGACAUCAAGACGGCAGCGCAUUGUCCGCGAUGCGAACUCGGAACGCACAGCUGACUAUGAAAUAGAUGGUGACCACUAUAUAUCGGAAUCAGAGCAUUAUCAUUGUACGCCGGCCAAGUGUUUGCCCAGUCGCAAGUCUCGUUGGCGAUUCAAUUCGUUGCACGAGCCAACGCCAUCUCUCUCCAGUAGUGGAGGGCCAAAGAACACGGCCAGCAAUAGUCUCAGGUGUAGCAAGUGCUCCGGGGACAAAGGUGCAGCCGGAGAUAAAACGUUGACAUUUAAACAUCAACCGACCUUUUAUGAGUUAGUGGAAGUGUCACGACUCUCGUCACUAAUCCACUGCUCGGCCAUGAGCUGCAAAUAUGGUGGUCCCUGUAUACACGGGACACCAUCUGGAGAGGCAAUUAUUGGAUCUUCUGUAUUGCAUUACAAUGGUAGUAGUCAAGCCUCCUUUAGUGACACCUGUCUAGGUGGAACGAGCAGUGGUGGAGGAGUAGCAGAUGGAACAGCAACAACAACAAGUCAAGUAACAACAACAACGUGCACAAAUGAGACAACAUGCAAUAGUAUACAGGCCAAGGUGCAGGUGCAAGAGCAAGAGCAAGAAUUGGAAUCUAAACUAUCAAAUACACAACUUCAAAAGAGACCAUUUGCAGGCCAUCACGAACCUACUUAUCAUCAUCAUCAACAUCAUCAUCAUGCCCACUCUCAUUCCCAUCCACAUACACAUUCACAUUCACAUCAUGGUCACAGUCAUAGCCAGAGCAGUCAUGGUCAUCAGCAGGGCCAUAAUCAUCGCGUUACGAUGCGCGUGUCAACCACAAAGCGUGAUACCAAAACAGCCAAGACCCUAACAAUUGUAAUGGGCGGCCUAAUUGCUUGCUGGAUGCCAUUCUUUGUCUAUUACCUACUAAUACCCUUUCUGCCACGUGCCGCCGUUCUCGAGGAUCUUAUGUAUGGCUUCACCUGGAUUGGUUGGGUCAAUUGUGCCAUAAAUCCAUUCAUAUAUGCAUUUUACAAUCCUGAUUUUCGUACUGCCUUCUGGCGUUUGACAUGUCGUCGCAUUUGUAAACCAAAACGUCCUCCGAAUCAUUUGGCCAUGUUUCGUGGCUAAAAUUAAUGCAAACAACAGAAAUAACAACAACAAUGUACCAAAUGAGCUGAAAUCUAUUAACUACAUACAUAUGUAUAUGGGUAAAUACAUAUAUUAAAGUGCACACAAAA